GCAGAGAGCACAUGCCGCACUCCCAGGUAUAGACUAUAUAAGAAUAUAAGAUUACAUAAAUUGUGUAAUUUUGACAAGUACCAAAAAUGCCAAACACAGUUUACUCUGUUGCACUGUGCAUUUUGCUGCUGACUUUCGGAACUGCUGUUAAUGGUGCAUGGUCCGAAUGGUCAGCCUGGUCUGAUUGUGAUGUGACAUGUGAAAGUGGGACACAGACACGUGCAAGGACAUGCACAAAUCCAGCGCCAGCACACGGUGGUCUAGACUGUGCAGGGAACGGCAUGGAAACACAGAGUUGUUACAGAGGACUUUGCCCUAAUAUUAUUGGCAAGUGAAUGUUGGAUACACAUUUCUAAUUUAUAAAACAAUUUAUAAAGUUGAAAUAGAAUGUAAUUAAUAUUUUACAGGAAUAAAAAUUUAAUUUCUGAACAGAA